ACUUUCAAAAUUAUUUUUUUGUUAACUCUACAAAAUUAUUUGUUAUUUAUUAAUGUAAUGAAUUUAUCAGCUGGCAACAAUUCUCAACAACGGAAAUGUGAAUUAAUACGCAAUGUGGUCUCAUCGUUCGAUAAUAAUGAUUCGGGUCUCAUGAUAAUAAAAUCCUCAAAUCUCAUAGAAUUUGAUCCGAAUGCCUCUAGUUUGGAUUUAAAUCAUGGUCGUGUCGAAAGGAUUGAGGAUUUGGAGAAUAUGAAAAAUUUGAAACGUUUAUAUCUGCGUUGGAAUUUAAUAAAGAAAAUUGAGAAUCUUGAUACCCUUCAUUCUCUCAUCGAAUUGGAACUCUGCGAUAAUCAAAUAACAAAAAUUGAAAAUCUUGAUAAACUUGUGAAUUUGGAACAAUUGGAUAUAAGUUUCAAUCGUUUAACAACAAUUGAAAAUCUGAUGUUAUUAAUAAAAUUGGAAAGAUUAUUUCUAUGUGCGAAUCGUAUAAAAGAAAUACAAAAUAUUGAAACAUUAACUAAUUUGGUAUUACUCGAAUUGGGUGAUAAUCAAUUGCGAACGAUUAAAAACUUGGACAUAUUGAUCGGGCUACGUUAUUUGUAUUUGGGUAAAAAUAAAAUACGCAAAAUUGAAAAUCUUGAGAAAUUGAUCAAUCUGGAAGUGCUAAGUUUGCAAGCGAAUCGCAUAAGAAAAAUUGAGAAUCUUGAAAAUCUAACGAAAUUAACAGAGCUUUAUCUAUCGGAGAAUGGUAUUGUAGUUAUUGAAAAUUUAGAAAAACUUAUUAAUUUGGAUACAUUGGAUUUGGCCAAGAAUUUUCUCACUGAUAUCAAUAAUUUGGAGAAUCAGGAAAAACUGAAUGAAUUAUGGUUGAAUGGCAAUUCAAUUGAAAACUGGUCAUGUCUAACAAAAUUGAAAGAAAACACAAAUCUAAGGACAAUAUAUUUGGAGGAAAAUCCAUUGGCGAAAGAUAAACGUUAUAGGGCCAAAUUGCGGGAACAAUUGCCAAAUCUUGACCAAAUCGAUGCCACUCUUUGCCGAUAAUAAAGUAAUUGAUUCCUUUUA